UUCUUGUCCGACGGUUCCGACCCCAACCCAAGCGCACGUCUGCUCGACCUGCAGAAAAGUGAUCCCCGCAUCAUCCGCCCGCCGCCGCGGCGAAGCCCGCCCGUCUUUCCCCGCCUUCCUCCGCCCAAGCGCACCGCUCCCUGCCCGCCGACCUCUCCCUCCGAAACUACCGAGCAGGUCAGCUCCUCCGUCGCCUGGCCUUCGCCCGCACACGCACCGCCGCACAUGCCUCCAGUCUCCUUCCACUUUGAAGGAACUCUCUGAUCGUCUUCGUCGUGGUUCUCCUGCUCCCCUCUUCUGGUAUUGUACUGGCAUGGAGCGGAGAUCCAUCAAGACUCGGGGCUAUUCACUGGAAUCGGAGGAUAGAACUACAUCAUAUUCGAGGGUCAGCUUUUUAAGCAUACCUGCAGUAGACCAGUAUAAUCUCAUGACUUCUUAUAUAUGGCUACUUAAAUGACUCCAAAAUGGAGCGAGUGCCCUUCAAAUAGUCACAGAGAACUAUCUUUGCAUGAAAAUGAAAAUAAGGAUGGCAAUGUUUAUAAAAGGAGAAAGAUGGAUAAAGAUUCAAAUUCCCUUGUAGCAGAUGAAGUUAAAGAACUGACAAUUCAAAGUUGCACUACCUCUGAAGAUCACUCUUCACUACUGCUCCCUGUUAUUAAUCCCUCAUAUCCAGUAUUUUCAAAUUUGACAGCAAGUGAGAUAGGCCCUGUCCUAGAGCUUGAAGAGCCUGCUGGAGUUUCAUUGGAGCCAAAUUCUGGUGGGAACGAAAGAUGUUCAGUGUCAAGUAUGCCACCAUCUUCCAUGAUACUAGACAAAAAGGAUGUGUCUGAAUGGUCCUCAUCAAAUAUACACCCUACAGAACCGAUAACAGAGCUCACAUCAGCAAGGGAUCUAUGCAUUGCUAUAUUGAGAAAAGAUGGACUCAUAACUGAGUCAAAAACUAGAAUCAUUUCAGAGGAAUCCACUGAUUGUAAUGCCAACCACUUGGUGACAUGCAAUACUUGUGGAAGCUUGGAUGUUCCACUAAAGAUGCUUAUAUGCGAUUCUUGUGAAGCAGCAUUCCAUUUGCCUUGUUGCACCCCUUGUACCGAGGAGAUACCAGCUGAUGAAUGGUAUUGUCCGCCAUGCUUGAAGAAGAAACCUAAGAGUCUUUAUGGUCAACUGUUAGAGGGCAAGGUCAGGUCUUCCAGGAAUAUGUACCAAAGGCCUCAUGGCAUGAGUCAUAUAGAGUACAUGUUCAAAGAUGCUGAAUCAUACGUUACCGUGGUUCGACUUGGUGGAGAUUUCCAAGCUGAAGUGCCAAAAUGGUUUGGUCCCAUUUCCAGUAGCGAUGGUUAUUUCACAGCGCCCUCUGAAUUUGAUCCUGCUGAACUCACAAAACUGAAUUCCUGUAAAAAGAAUAAUCACAACAAAUCUUCAAGCUCAACUGGUAAUUGGGUACAAUGCCGUGACGUCUUGAGUCCAGGAGAUCCUAACAAGCCAGUAAUCUGCGGCAAGUGGAGAAGGGCGCCCCUAUCUGUUGGUCAAUCAGAUGAUUGGGAUUGUUUUUGUUGUCUUCUCUGGGAUCCAGCUCAUGCUGAUUGUGCUGUUCCACAGGAAUUAGAUACAGCUGAAGUCUUAAAGCAGCUGAAGUGUGUAAAUGCGGUGAAGAAUCGGCUGGCCGACCGAAAUCAUAAACCUGCUUAAAUGCAGGGAUGGCACAGUCGUGAAAUACCUCACAAAGGGUUAUUGUGCAUGAUGCCAUGUAGUGAGCCAUUUGUUGUCAACACAAUCUGUUGGCGACUCUUCAUUUAAUCGACCAUAGUCGUCCUCCCCCCUUUCAGUUGCCAACAUAGGUUUUGAUCCAAAAGAAUUUUCAACAGAGGGUUUGUUCACACAGUUUUUGAAGCUGUGUACCGCUACUGAUUUCAGCCGUCACUGCCAAACAAUCUGCACCCAGUUUUGUUCGAUUUGACCUCUGGAUGAGAGGGAACAAUUGCCACUCUACAAUUUUACUUGAUGAUUGUAUCUUAAGAGGGGACCAAGUUAGAUUCCAUUUUGUAAUGCCUGUCAGUCAUGUGUUUGCAGAAUCUGUAGAUAUUGAGUUCGAAAGUGCCCCAAAGAACUCACAUUCUGCAUCCACAAUCGACAUUUCGUACUCGUACAAAUGAAAUGACCAAACAUUAGAAUUGAUAUUUUAUAGCUGUUUCUACAUUGGAUGCAUAUACUGAUAUUCAGAAGUGUUCUAGAAUUA